GAAGAAAGAAGGAGAUACACACAGUGAUUCAAGAAGUCUAUAGGCUGAUAUAGGCCUAAGCUAUAUUCCAGAAGCUUCGAGAAAGACAUCAUGGGCGGCGCCGCCCACCACGCCCCCUCCAGACGCCGCCCACGACCGCCCACAUCCCCAUCGUCCCAGGACGUGGGGAUGGACCUGUCGACGCUGACGGAGAGUGAGCGGGACGCCAUCUUGGCCGUGCUGGAGCGGGACCACCACCUCCGAGAGUACGACCGUCAGAGGAUCUAUCGCCUCAAGACGGAGCUGUCGUGGCUGCGUCGUCGCGGGGCGGUGCGAGUGGACGAGAACGAAGGUCGGUCGUCCGCGACGACGAUGGUGGCGGGAACGACGAGGACGUGCGGGCGGUGUCGUGUGGAGCUGGGGCUCAUCAUCAACCGCGGGGCGGUGUGUAGGGCGUGCAGGCAGAGGGUGUGUAAACAGUGCCGCCACUUCAACGCCAACGGCAGUGACUGGGUGUGUCUGGUCUGCCACAAGCACAUGCUUCGCGACGACGGGUCGGCCGCGGAGGGCGUCCCACGGCCAGGCGGGAGUGAGACGAAGUCGCUCCUUCCAGGUGGGGUCCCCGCGCGUGGACGACGAGUACCCGGCGCCGCUCUCCAGGGAGUCCCUGUCGGGCCAGGUCGCCCGCUACGUCAAGGAACUCGAGCGGGGAAUCCAGAUGACGGUAGAGAACAUGAUGCCUAAGAAGCAGCCGCUGUCCGUCGGGGAACACCCAAGGGCACCUUCUAGUCCCUCCAAAGACUCCUCCCAUUCCGGCCGGAGCCUCGGCCGCCGCCCCAAGGACAAAACCUCGACUGGCUCCCCCAGCGACACCGGCACUUCUAAGGCGGAGUUCGAUGACCGUUGCUCCAACCGGCACUCUGACCACUCGUCCCACCGACACUCUGACACAGCCUCUGACAUCGUUCUCGACGCCGAGAAGAUUCUGCCUGAGGGCGAUGACUACAAACUAGUCUUCAUCAGUUCCGACUCUUCCAAAGAUUCCGAACUCAAUUCCUCCAUAGACUCUGACAACUCUGGGUCGCCCUCGAGACGCGUGUCAAGUGUGAGCGCCGUUAACGACUCCGAUAACGCCGGAUUCAUCGAUGAGAGUGAUUGGGACUACUACGAGUCUGAGUCUCAAGCUGGACGACGUCGGAAAUUGAAUGGUGUCACCCCCCGCGUCGACGCAUGCGUCAUGACGGACGGGGAAUACCUGAGCGUCGAAGCCUCUGAAGGCGAGGACAGCGAGCCCGAGCCCUCCAAGGUGAAGGGUGUGUCACCUGCCCCGGCACUGAGAGUGCCAUCGCCCGCCCACCACAACAGUGGCACCGACAAGAUGACCCAGAAAGGCAUGGGCGCUCCUAACGGCCCUGGCGCGCCCGCCUCCGCACAGCCCCUGAUCAUGCCUCUCACAGCUAUGGACACCAAUGAGUUACACGCAAUGUUGCGCCAAACGGAGGCAGUACAGGCGGAGGCCCAGGCUCUUCAGGCUGCUCUGAUGGGUGCCUUCACUCCGUCAGCGUCCGCCAUGACUGCCAUCUCUGGCGGGCGGAGCUUCAAACGAGGCGACUCUACCCGCAGCUCCGCUGAGAGGUCACUGGGCGAGUUGUCGUGCCACGACCAGGUACGUGCCGCCGGCAGCCCGCACGACUCCCCGGCGCUGAGGGAGUACCGCAAGCGGGUCCUGACUGAGAUCCAGAACUACUACGGUGUCAAUCAAGGCACUACGGUGACCGGAUACAUUCGACCUGACUGGUACAGUUAUCUCACGCAACAUCAGCCCGCCGCCUCUGUACCCCCCGGAUCCUUAUCACGUGUAUCAUAUCAGCGGAGAGAUAAGGGCAGCAAGCAUGCCGCAGCUCGUGACCAAGGGAGCAGUGUCACGGCGGCGCCCACAGCGCCCGCAAGUGCGCGCAAAUCUAGUCGGGAUAUUUGUAUACAAACUGACCCAGAACUCGUCGUGUUGAGCUCCAGCUGUGACGAGCUCACACCUGAGCCUCAAGAGUGCCCCCCUAUUCCCCCCAGGCGUAACGAGCUCACCCCUGAGCCCCCGGUGUGCCCCCCUGUUCCCCCCAGGCGUAACGAGCUCACUCCCGAGCCCCCUGUGUGCCCCUCAGAGUCCCCCAGACGCAACAAACUCACGCCCGAGCCUUCGUCAGAGUCCCCCAGGCGCAACAAACUCACCCCCGAGCCCCCGGUGUGCCCUUCAGAGUCCCCCAGACGCAACAAACUCACCCCCGAGUCCCUGUCAGAGUCCCCCAGGCGCAACAAACUCACGCCCGAGCCUUCGUCAGAGUCCCCCAGACGCAACACACUCACCCCCGAGCCUUCGUCAGAGUCCCCCACGCGCAACAAACUCACCCCCGAGCCCCCGGUGUGCCCUUCAGAGUCCCCCAGACGCAACAAACUCACCCCCGAGCCCCUGUCAGAGUCCCCCAGACGCAACAAACUCACCCCCGAGCCCCCGGUGUGCCCUUCAGAGUCCCCCAGACAACAAACUCACCCCCGAGCCCCAGAGUCCCCCAGACGCAACAAACUCACCCCCGAGCCCCCGGUGUGCCCUUCAGAGUCCCCCAGACGCAACAAACUCACCCCCGAGCCCCAGGGGAACUCUCAAGCAUCAUCAAGGCUCGUGCGGGGUCUUCGCCACACACACUCGCCACAGACCACCGCCAGGCUGUCCUCCCUGACGCAAGGAGUACCGCCAAGGACGCAAGGAUACACGGCGUCCUGCGGCAGCGGUGGAGGUGACGGCGGUGUUGGAGGAGGGGGUGGUGGUGGUGGUGGUGGGGGGGACCGGGAGCGAGAGGGGGAAGAGCUUCCCCCUCACCUGCCGUACCCCCCUUCCUUCCACCUGCACCUCACGCUCAGUCGCGAGACCUCAGUCGCCCACCCGUCCGACACUGAGACGGAUGACAGGCUCAAGGAAUACGACCCGUGUGUUGGAAGUGAGUUGAGGGCGGACUCGGUGAGUGACUUGGAGUGCAGUGAGCGCCUUGAGAGUGCAAGGAGUGAUCCGAAGGAAGAGCAGGAGCGCCAGGAUGGCAGGAGAGGUGUGAUAGGAGGUCGGGGCAGGAAGGAGCAGGAUGGCGGCCGUGGUGGUGGGGGGCAGGAGGUGCCUAGGUCCCCCCGCAUAGCAGCGACCAACACCACACACACACCCGCCUGCCGCACCGCACGCCCACCGCCCCAACCCGCGCCCACCAUGAGUCUCUCACGCCCACACCGAAACCCCACUCGACGGGUGCUCGACGCUGACGGUGAUCUCGACGCCUUGGAGAGAGUUAUCCAGGCGGACUCGAGCUCUUCCUCUGCGUCCGCCCGUGUCCCACACCCCGGCAAGGGGCUGGACACGCCCUCCAGCACUACCAGCGAGGCGGAGGACACGGAUGAAGACGUUCACGUGUCUCGCAGCUACACCAUUGUUCCUGACGAAGUGGAUAGCGAGGCCGAGGGCGUCACAGAGGUCGGGAAUAUCUCCAACAUUAUCGAGAACGAGCAACAGGAUAUUACCUCCUCGUCCUCGGAUGACAGCGAUACCGACGAGGACAAACAUUUCAGUAAGGAGUACAGCCUCACAAGAUCGUCCUCGACGGACUCUGACCUCGAUAAGUCGGACACUGGUGCCCUCGAGGAAAUCACCGUCUUCACCACAUCGUCUCCAGACGUGGACGAAGACGUGGCUAACAUGGCCCAAGGUGUUAAACUGGGCGAGGUUCGGCCAAAGGAGGCCGAGAAGGAUGAAGUGGUGGAGGCUGUGAAUACUGACCUCACCUUAGUCGUGGAGGCGGGCGAGGUGGGGCUGAAGGAGGCGCAGCAGGAGGCGGUAGAAGCCAUCAACGAGCAACUCUGUGAUCUCACCCUGGAACCGGGUUCCCCGCGAUACAAUGAGGCGCAGGUGGAUCUAGGGUCGUCUUCACAUUCUGGAGGCGGCGGGGUGGAGCCUCUGGGUCCUUCUGAGAGGCUCAGUGGUGACUUAAUGAUGACGAGAAAUGUUGAUGAAAUGUGUCAGGUGGACGUGAGUCAAGACUUGGAUGAGGAUGUCCACAGUGUAUUGACCAAGUCCGACGACAGCGGUGGUGCAGUGAUGGGUGAGGGUGAGAGUGGUGGUCAUGCAGUGAUGGGUGAGGGUGAGAGUGGUGGUAGUGCAGUGAUGCGUGAGGGUGACAGUGGUGGUAGUGCAGUGAUGGGUGAGGGUGAGAGUGCUGGUAGUGCAGUGAUGGUGGAGGAAGUUACUAACGAAGGUGGAAAUGUAGUGAUGGUGAAGGGUGACAACAAUGAGAGUGCAGUGAUGGUGAAGAGUGACAACAGUGAGAGUGCAGUGAUGGUGACGGGUGACAACACUGAGAGUGCAGUGAUGGUGACGGGUGACAACACUGAGAGUGCAGUGAUGGUGACGGGUGACAACACUGAGAGUGCAGUGAUGGCGGAGGAAAUUACUAACAAGAGUGAUGAUAGCUUAGUGAUGGUGGAGGAACUUACCACCGUAUUUGACGGAGAAACCCCAGAUAAGAACGUGAGUGCGGCCAGCACUAGCGUAGGAGGUGCUAGCGAAAACAGCACUAUAGGUAUGACUGACUUAGGAGUAACUAGUGAGGUUAGCGGUGUGGGGGUGCAAGGUGGGGAGGGUGCUGGCGCGAGCGAGCACAACACCACCGCCCACGUUACGGCGGUCAGCGCCACCCCCGGAGUGGGUGGCGGGGGCGGCGCCGCCCACCUCCCCACCACCCACUCCGAGCCAACACACGAGUCUCUACUCGACUCUCUGGCCAUUGAUACAGAAGAGGUCGUAGCUGUCUCUGAAACCACGAGUACAGAAGAGGUCGUAGGUGCCUCUGAAAUUGCAGAUACAGAAGAGUUAGGUGUCUCUGAAGUCACAGAAGAGGGCGUAACUGUCUCUGAAAUUACAGAAGAGGUCGUAGCUACCUCUGAAGCCACAGAGGAGGUAGUAGAUGCCACAGAAGAGGUCGUAGCUGCCUCUGAAGCCACAGAGGAGGUAGUAGACGCCUCUGAUGCCACAGAAGAGGUCGUAGCUGCCCCUGAAACCACAGAAGAGGUCGUUGCUACCUCUGAAGCCACAGAGGAGGUAGUAGAUGCCACAGAAGAGGUCGUAGCUGCCCCUGAAACCACAGAAGAGGUAGUAGAUGCUUCUGAAACCACAGAAGAGGUCGUAGCUGCCUCUGAAGUCACAGAGGAGGUAGUAGAUGCCUCUGAUGCCACAGAAGAGGUCGUAGCUGCCUCUGAAGUCACAGAGGAGGUAGUAGAUGCCACAGAAGAGGUCGUAGCUGCCCCUGAAACCACAGAAGAGGUAGUAGCUGCCUCUGAUGCCACAGAAGAGGUCGUAGCUGCCCCUGAAGUCACAGAGGAGGUAGUAGAUGCCUCUGAUGCCACAGAAAAUGUCGUAGCUGUCUCUGAAACCACAGAAGAGGUCGUAGCUGCGUCUGAAGUCACAGAAGAGGUCGUAACUGUCUCUGAAACCACAGAGGAAGUAUUAGCUCUCUCUGAAGUCACAGAGGAGGUCGUAGCUGCGUCUGAAGACACAGAAGAGGUCGUAGCUGCCUCUGAGGUCACAGAUAAAGAAGAGGUCACAGCAGGCGGUAUUACUGGCGAGGCAGCAGCCACAGUGGACGGGACGGGUGCUGCUGAACCUACCUCUCCUGAGGUUCCAGCUGUCGCACAGGAAACCUCUCCUGUGGGAGAGGAGGCUGCCGCCGCGCCAGGCACCUCAGCCCCACUGGAGACAGAUACCACAGAGGACAUACAGCCGCAGGUGUCGGCCCCUGACAUUGUCUCCUGUGGGAGGCCUUCACCUGUCGAAGGUGCCCCGCGGCCCCCUGCGGCCGAGCACGCUAGCGAGAGUAUCGAACAUUGUCCAGGAGAAAGUGAAGGGGCGGAGUACGGAGGCGAGUGUCAGGAGGCGGCAGUAGGAGAGAGCCCCGGACCUGCUAGCACUAGAGUCGACGCCGGAAGUGAACAAGUGGAACACAGCACUGCGGCUCCCAGCUGCGGCCACACGUCAGUAACACAUGCCGCGCCUGCGGGCCCGCACGCGUCAGCCCUUGCUCCCCACACCACCAGCGACGUCAGCAGUGCACCAGCGGACGCGGCGCCGCCUGGGGUGCUGCGCCUCUCCCCCCACCAGGAUAUAUUUGAGUGUUUUAAUACGGAAGUGAAGAGUGUUUGUGCUGAGGGUGACUCCAGUGAGUCUGGUCACUCUAGUGCUGGUGAGAGUGAGGUGGAGGGGGAUGACCCCGGUAAUGUGGUGAAGAUCAGUGUGACGGAGAGACACGACAGUCAUCUCGAUGACGACGGCGUCAGCAUCCCCGUCAGCGUCGUAGGUAGUGACUUCCUCGGGCAGGAGGUGAGGCGGUUCGCAGUGCGGCGGGUACGUUCCCCGGAGCCAGUGCGUCGCCAUACCCCACCUGUGCCCUCACGACGCACCAAGCGAUCCUCUUCUUCCGACGGCGUCUCCUCCUCUUCUGACAUUGAACGUUCCGACGCGGAUGCUAGCGACUCUGCUGACACGGUAGUCGAGGGAGGCAAACUGCACGCUGAGUUGCGCAGGUUCGCGCUUCAGAAGCACCGCCACGACCACGACGACAAGGGUCGUGACUCGGACGGACCGUCGUCGGCUGACUCCGUACUUCACGGCGCCGACAGCGAGUCGCAGUGCUCCGACAACAGCGAGGAGGGGAACCUGGUGUCCAUCGUGUCUGUCGGGGAUGAGGACGACCACAGCACACGCCUGUCGUCGCACGGCAGGAUAUACAUCAGGUCGGACUCCACGGACUCUGAUGUGCAGAUCAAACCUACAUGCAUUGUGGUGACGGGGUCGUCAGGAGCGGAGUCCGGUGAAGACGUCGAGGGUGACGCUGAUGGCAUCAACUCCCAACGUAACAUAAAGAAUGAAGGUAAUGACGUGACCAUCUUAGAGGUGACCAGUGACGCGCGACGUGGCCACGUGAUGUCGGUCCACGUCACGAGUCCGGACUCCUCGCGCAGUGCCUCGCCUGCCAGAAGGAGUCAAGUGAGUGAGUUGCAGUCCAUGAUCUUGACAACUCGCGAACGACAGCAACAGUUCCGACGAUCACCGACGGAGAUGAAGGAGUCGAAUUCGAGUUUAGCCAACUACUUUACCCUCACCUUAGGCACGGACUCUCCUCACGCUCCAAGAAGACUCAACAAAACACCAGAAAUUCGGCGUCGUAAGAUUGACCGCCCUGAAAAUGUCGAGUCUCCAGUCCCUACAAGCCCUGCCAGCCCGUCCCAGACGCCAGACCACUCAGAGGGCGACCUGUUGGCCUACGAGGAGCACCAUGGUAUCGACAUCGAGGAGGAGUACAACAACACACAGGAGUUUGACUCAUGGGACGAUGGGGAGAAAACAGUCAUCUUCCCUGAUGAGGUCGAGUUUGAGGAAGACCUCUCCUUCGACGAGGUCAAUCAGGCGUUCAACGACGGGGACGAGUUCGAGGGUGAAGAUAUGUAUGUCGAGCAGGAAGUUGAUGGGCGAUUUGAUUCCAUCGAGGAUGGGGAAUCCGUCAACAGCGAGUCGAACUACAGUGAGUCUUCUGGUGAUGAAAUCUGUGACCGAGAAGUCGAACUUCGGGGUUACUGUAACCGGGCCAUCGACUUCACUCUUCACACCAUUAUUGAGGAGAGCUGCGAAGAGAGCGACUAUGAGAGGAAGCCCAAGGAAGAGGACGGGGCCAAGGCAGACCCUUCAGAGUUGGAGAAAUACUUUUACUUCGGUCUUGGGAACGGCCCAGCCGACUCAAAGAGGUACGCUAACGAGGAGAGCGAAUACAGUGACACUUUCUCUGAGACCUCAAGUUCCAUCUUCAGUGAAGGAGUAGAUAUUGACUGUAAAUAUGAGGAAGACAUUGAUCCUGCCGAGCUGGCGUCUUCCAGGCUAGAAAAGUACUUCUUGACGGGGUUCCUAGGAUUCGAACGCCAACCGUCCAUCAGGUCCAUGGGUGAGGAGUCCGAGCUUCACACCGACGAAAGUGGCUCCGUCGGGAGUGACUCUGAAGGCUCUCCCAGCCCGGAACAGCCUCGGAAGAAGCUAGUGAGGCGGCCUCGGGGGUUUCGUCCAGGUGUCGUUAACAGAUCGUUGGUGACAGGUGAUCGGUGGGAUGGCGCCCCGAGCGACGGGUCUCACCAUUCUGAAGGCGACGACGUGGACAGGACCCUGGUGAGCGGCGAAGACGAUGGCUCCACCGAGUCAGAAGAGACAGCCUUUGAUAAAGGAGAUGGGCAGUUCGAUACCAUAAAACGAAGAAAAAAGAAAAAGGGCUCUGGAGAUUAUUGCGAUAAAAAAUCCGACAGCGAUAAGAGCGAACUUAGAGCCUUGGAGCAGCACGAAAUUGAGCACAGAGAAGAAAUUUGCGAAUUGAAGAAUUCCGAGGCGCUCAAGUCACUGGUGCACGAAGGAGAAAAAGUUACGAAACGCGUGACAAUUGAGUGUGAUAAAGAGAGCAGAGAAAGGAAUGAUGACAAGAUGGAGAGGGAAGGAGACCUCUCGGACCGGAAGUACCUAAGUCGAGACAGUGGUUUCAUUGGAAGUUCUGACGACUUACUUAAAGAUAAGCCAGAAGACACCAACAAGGAACAGAAGUCUCGUUUGUCCUCGGAAUCCAGCGUCGAGGACGGCGAGAACUCGUCGAAGAGGAACGAUCACUUGCAAGAUGUAUCACAUAAGAAUGUAGCAGGGAAGGGCGACAGCUUUGACAACGACAGCAACAACAAUAAGUCAGAGACCGAGGAGCGUAGCAGCGGAGACGGCAAAGUGUCGAGGUCGAGCACAGGAUCAUCGGUCGACUUCCCGCCCUUCUCCGCCGACAAGGCCAGGAACAAAAUCUGUCGCAAGGAUUCCUUCAACAACUGGAGUUCGGAUGAGGAGACCAAUAUGAUGAUGAACAAGAUGCGCGCCUUCUUCAAGACCAUGAUCUCUAACUCUCGGGACGCUUCCAAGGGGCAGCGAGUCAAGCCACCUCAGCUGCUGGCGUUUGAGGCUAAACUGACCAACCUCAUGAAAACGGUUCCUGGCAUCAAUGACGAACAGGUGAAGGAGAUCGUCGAGUAUCUUAGCUCUGAGGACACUUGGAGCGACUCGUACGACUCUUCAGAUUACACCAGUAGCGACCUGGAGGGCGCCUAUGCGCUCCUCGACCAAGCCGACCCGGAGAUGAGAAGCGACUUGCAGGAACAGAUCUCAGCUUCUUGUCAACAAAUAAUUCAAAAAUUCGAUCAGAGUCGCGAACCAAGUGACACCGACAGCGCUCACUCGCUCUUCGGUGGACGAGCGUGUUCUGAGAGCUCUGAAGACGCUUCCCCCUCCAACAAGGACACCGUUUUCGUAUAUCAGCGACUGAUGUCUUCCAUCUCCCGACUAAAGCCAGACAGCGACCGGGGAAGCAUUGGGUCCGGGUCUCAGGGCGCCUCCCCGCCCCUGCUAGCCAAGGUCAUGCAUCACAUCGGCAACCGCCUGGUGGCUCUCAUGCACGAGGUGUCCGGCGGCAGUGAGAACGGGGACGACGACUCCCUCAGCGGCGGCCAUCCUGUUACUUCCAGUCCCAAAGUGCCUCUCUUCAUUCACAGAAAACAUACGUCUGUCGAUUCCAUAUCUAUCGACUCCUCGGUCGAAAAAAGCUCACUAACUAGUACCAGCUUUGAGUCAGAAGACAGUCCCACCGACACAGAGCAGUCGCCAGAUUCUGAUCCUGGCACUCCAAAAGCUCGAAAACGGCAGGGGCCACUCUCCAUCAUUAGCGAGCGCUCCUCGGCUGAAGAUUUCACAUCUUUGGAGAGUCAACGUACUGUGUUCGCCUCGCACGACUCUCCGCGGCACCAGACUCGCCUUGACACCGCGCGACCUCAACAGAACACAGCAUCUGAGCGCACUCUUGAGGAGCGAGGAGUUACCAACAUCCAGUACUUCGUGACAGGAAUCAGCAAGAAUGAAGUGGAAGUCUGGCAAAGUGUAACAAUUGACGAGGACAAGUUCGACGCCCGCGAGCUGCACGGUGUGCCUAGAGCGCGUCGCAGUGCCAGACGUCAAGAGACCAGGAAAGCCAAGAGUCACAUGAGUCUGGAGAAAAUACACCAAGAGGAAGUUAAGGCCACAGGUGAGAGGUCAGAGUCUCUUGGUGAUCUGCUGGACCGCGUCCGGUCUUCAGAAUUCUCGAGCAGCUACGAGCAGCUGGACUCUGACUCCACACUGAAGGCGUCGGACUCCCUGGACCGACACAUUGGCAGUAGUUCCUCAAAUAUACGUCUGAAUGCUUCCAGCCGCGGGUCCCUCACCACCAGCAGCCGGGGAAGCCUGGCAGCAUCUAGUCGAGGUUCCUUAAACGCCGGCUCGCGAGGCUCCCUUCAGGGGUCUUCCGGUCCCGAGGAAGAGGAAGAAAAGAAACCCAAGAAGUUAAAUUUCUUCCGGUAUGCUCGGCGGUCGUCUAUGCCGGACACGAGCAAGGACCGGAUGUCGCCCGAAGUUCGCUCCACAACUCUACCUCGAUCCAAUCCCACCCAAGUGGCCUCCACGGCCUCCUUACCCAGAUCUCAGUUCGCCCUGCUGAACAAAGUUACUCCGUCCGUCACCCCGUCCACACACGUGCCCUACGCGUCCCCUCCCUCCACCUUGGAGAGAGCAGGGUUGUCUGUGUCGGGGCCUCGGUCAGCCCGCUACCACGCCCCUGGCUACCGACCACCGCCCUCCACCACUACGCCCAAACGCACCGUCUCCAUCCCUGGUCUCGCCUCCCUCAGGAAGGACUCGACGAGCAGCUGGUCACCUCAAGAUGAGUACGGGGCGGAGGGCGCGGGCGGCCACAAGAGCGGGUCGCCGUCCCCGCUGGUGGCGUCGGGCGGGAGGACCUCUGGGCGGGACUCUGUGGCCUCUCAUCUCUCCUCCUCCACCGACACCUGCCUCACCCACCCUGACGAAGACAUCGAACGACUCCUCCAGUUUAACGAGAAGAAGGUCAAUUGCCUCACCCCACUUGGAUUGACCGUCUCUGUGGGGCCGCCUCGCCUCCCCACCUCUUCCUCUCCUCCACCCCCACUCCCCACCUCCUCCCCCCCUCCCCUCUAACCACUUUGGCGGCGGUCAAAGGCCUAAUGAUUCAAGUCCUGUCUUGCCACAGUAACUAUAGUGAGCUUUGUAGUGUUCAUCUUGGCCGCCAUUUGAGCAGCGUGUAUACAUGGAUGCAAUACAUGUAUAAUGUAUGGAUGUGUCAUACUUAAAUAGGUUUAAGUGCAGCACGUGUACACGUAGUAACAUUGUGUGUUUUAUGGUGAUAUGUUGCUUAUAACACGUGUUUGGUCUGCUUGCUUAGUGGUUUGUUAUUGUGUAAUGGUGUGUGUUUGUGCUUUGUUAUAGUGUUUGUGUUCUAAUUCUGACCUCGUGCUUGUUUGGUGUUCCGCCUGCACACUCCCAGGUCACCUGGGAGUGACCUCCCCCCCAUGCGGCGCCCUCGCCCACGCUAAACACACA